GAUAUGACCUUCUCUGUGUGCUGUGGUCUGUUGACCAGGUCCAUGUGUGGGCAGUGGAAAGCUUCUUCCCCCUCUCUAUCCCCAUAUAUGCAUACAUUUCUGCUGCCAAAAUGCAUUCUGUGCCUUGAGAUUUACCAGUGGAGUCCAGUGGUUGGCUGCCCCUUUGGUAAGAGAUGACAAGUCUGAAGAACGCAGAAUUAAUGUCCACUUUCUCCUCCAUGGCAGGCUAAUUUCUUCUUUCUGUGCACCAGUUUCCCAUCUGGGGCAGUGAGAAAAAGACAAAGCUAGCAUGGCUGGCACAGCGCUGCAUGGCUAUCCCACUGACAUCACACGCAGCAACACUCACCGGGUGAAGCCAGCAGAGAGACCAGAACCAGGAAACCACACUCUGCUGGCUGAGUUUGUCCUUUCUGGAAUGUCCAACCACCCAGAACUGCAGCACUUGCUGUUCUUCACAUUCUGCUUAAUUUACACCAUCACCAUCAUUGGGAACCUUACCAUCAUCAUGGUCACAGUGCACCCCACCCUCCGCAUGCCCAUGUAUUUCUUCCUCUGGGUCCUGUCAGUCUUGGACAUUUCCACAGCAUCAAUCGUUGUUUCUAAGCUUUCCCUUGGGCUAGAUUGUGACUUUCCCUACAAGCCCAGUUAGGAAAAUUAAAAAACCUAUAAAACC